AUUUGCUGGCGACAGGCUGUCUCCAACAAAGUCCUCUCCCUCUCGCUGUUCGCACUCUCUCUCUCUCUCACUCCUUUCUCGCGACUGCCUUUUCCCCUGGUUUCUCUCUGCGCUUCCUCUCUCUCUUUAGGGUUUUCAGCUCUGCUCCGCCCAGCUUCUCGAUUCUGCGUUCGUGCUCCACGGAUCGACCUUCUGCGCCUCGUUUCUUGGUACUGUUGUAGGUUGCAAGAGCUAACAUUUGGAGAACAAAUGUUAUAGGGUGUCUUCAAUAUUACGAAGACACUUGAAAACACUUUGAAGUUGUAACAGUGUAUCUCUCCUUGUUGAUCGCUGAAACACUGGCUGGUUGGAGGACUAUAAAACAGCCGCUUCUCUUCCAGUCUUUCUCCAACAUUGCCCUGGCUAUAAAUUGCUGCUCUUAGAACUAUCAUAUGGUUUUCUUGGCAUUCACAGGAGAUUUCCAAUAUCAAUCUGUAUACUUCCUGUUGCAAAGGAUUAGGGUUUUAUUUUUUAGAGGAUAUUUUGGUGUCCAUGCUGACAGGGAGCAUGCGUGGAAUUUGUGCUUUGGGUAAUGCCCCAUCUGAAAGUUGCUGAUGCACUAGGUGUGUUGACAAUCUGUCUUGUCAGUGCUCUGUUUCUUUUUGGAUUAUUUUGCAUAUUGUAUUUGAUCUACUUCCGCAAUCAGAUCCGCACCGAAGGGAAUAUCCAACUUCAUUAUUUCAGUGGUCCUUGGAUUAUCAGAAUCACAUACAUCCUUUUUGCAAUCUUGUGGGGUUUUGGAGAGAUUCUUCGGCUGAGUCUUCUGAGAUGUGGUGGAAGGUUGUUGAAUGCUCUUAGCUGGAAAUGGCAAGAAACCAUCUGCAAAUGUCACAUUGUUUCGAACCUGGGGUUCAUGGAACCAUGCCUGUUCCUCACUGUUGUGUUUCUCCUCCAUGCAUCAUUGCAGAGGUCAGGGACCUUGAAUCGGAAAUGGAAUGGCAAAACAGCCUGCUACAUUCUUCUUUUUUGCCUGCCUGUGUUCUUUCUCCAGCUUAUUAUAAUUUUAUUUGGGCCAAAAUUUAACAAGGAUGGUUACAAGCACAGAUUACCUGAUUAUUUUACAAGUGUAGCUGCUUCGCCUAAGACUAAAGGUGAUAAUGAUGAUGCUAUUGCCCUCUGUGCUUACCCCCUACUGAGUACCAUUUGUAUUGGUGUGUUUGCUGUCAUUGUAACUUCUUAUUUGUCCUGGAUCGGAAGACGAAUUGUGCAUUUGAUCAUCAAUAAGGGUUUGCAAAAGAGAGUGUACACAUUAAUCAUUUCUUUUUCUGGUUUCUUCCCAUUGAGGUUUGUAUUUCUUGGUUUAUCUGUUCUAUCUGCCCCUGGGGAAGUGGUGUUUGAAAUUCUUGCUUUCCUUGGUUUUCUUUCGUUUCUGUGUUGUGCGGGGGUGGGUAUUUGCACACUAGUGUACUUUCCUGUUGCAGAUGCUUUAGCAUUGAGGAACCUACAAAAAGAUACAGAAGCUAGAAGGAUAAGUGAUGACCAUAAUGACAGUGUUUCUCUAAUCACUAACCAAAGCCAUGUUGGAGCAAGUAUAGUGAAUAGCCCAGGUAGAAACUCAGGUGCUUCAACAAGGCCUGGAUCAAUUUCUUUCCGGACAGUGGAGAAAGAUGGAACUUCUGGGACGUAUGUGGAGCUGAGCCUUUUCUCUCCCAGUCAACACUCAACCCCACCUGACUCCCCCCGAUUUCUUGGUUGGCCUAUGCUCUCACAUUCAUAAGUUGAUGGACCCAACCUUAAGAGUUGACGUGAAUACAAGAAGAAUUUACACAUUUUUGUUGGGAAGAAGAAACUGUUUGUAAAUGUUUUAGAUUUUAAAUAAGACUAUGCUUUUACGAGUAGUUUUUAUUGCUAGAUAAUCUACACUUAUCAACUGUCAAAACUGUCGCUGCUUCAUCUUCUCAUUUUGUUUUCUUUUUUUGGGUAUAAUUCUUGAGCGGUGUGGUGUCUUUUACU